AUGACCUUGAUUCGAACCAAGUCUGGAGAGAUUAUGCCCGUCAACGGGAAGGAUUGGGCUUGGUGGAACAUUAUUGUGCCUCAGAAACUGCGGACACUCACCCGUCAAGGGUACCGAGUCAUGAUAUUUACGAAUCAGAACAACAUCCUCCUCCAGCAGCAAAGACUUUCAAACUUCCAAAGCAAGCUCGAGGAAUUGGCUACGGAGCUGAACGUCCCCCUCGUGGUCUACAUUGCACCCGUGAUGAACCACUACCGCAAGCCGGAGAUUGGGAUGUGGGAAUUGAUGCUCCUGGAGCAAGGGAUCUCCGUGGCAGAGAUCGCCGAUGCGUUUUACGUGGGCGAUGCGGCUGGACGGGAGGACGAUUGGUCUGACAGCGACAGGGUCUUUGCUCUGAAUGUGGGGAGGUUUUGGAACUUCAUAUGUUUCCCAUUUUCAUUCACUUUCUCAUUAUCUCAGUUCGUAACCGCCAUAGCGUGCACAUUUGACUACCAACCGUGGCUUGAUAUCAGCAAAACAGACAUGACGCCGUUAUUCGUUUAUAUCAACGGCUACCCCGGAGUGGGCAAGCUCACUGUGGCGAAGGAACUAUGUAAGCUGCUGCCAAAGGCAAAGAUCCUGGACAACCACCUGCUCAUCGAUCCUGCUGCUGCUGUCUUCGAAAGAACCGCGGAGGAGUAUCAGCCUCUUCGCCAAGUUCUGCGCAGAGAGAUCCUCAAAUCGCUUGCGACUGCUACGACAACCCGGGAGACAUCCUGGAUUUUCACGGACCAGCAAUCCUCGAGUGCCUUGGGAAGUGCAUCCGCCAAGGACUAUCAACAAGCAGCAGCUGUCCGCGGGGCCCCUUUUAUCUCGGUUGUGUUGAAUUGCGAUCUUGAUGAAAAUCUGCAGCGGGCUGUUGGGGGGGAUCGAGGGGCUGGCUCUAAUACAAAGCUGACAGACCCUGCCAUUCUACGACACAUCAGACAGAGCGAGGACAUAUUCCGCUUCAAAGACCAAAACGAGCUGGUACUUGAUGUCACUCAUCUCCCUGCAUCAGAGGCUGCCCGAAAGAUCCACGAACAUAUCAGAAGCGUCCAGACCACACAUGCAACUGAAUGCAUGCAGUUGCAGCCCACCAAGACCUUUGCCGAUCUUCAAGGCUUCAAGCAAGAGUUUGUCGCAGACAUAAAACGUGGGCUCCCUGAUCGAACUGUACGGCUUCUAUGCUGGCUGUUGAGCCGCCCUCGGGACCAUGGCGGCCUGGUCUUCCUCUCCGUCGGCGAUAGCACAGGGACCAUUCAGGUAGUGGCCAACUCUGCCGCGCUGGAUAAAGGGUCUGAGUUGGGCACGCUUAAGCCAGAAUCUAGUUUGAUGGUUCAUGGUCGCCUUACACCAGACCGUGAGGGAACGAUGGAGAUAUCCGCCGACAAGAUCUACAUCAUAUCGAAGGCGACUGGCACCAUUCAUCCUAACAUUCGCAGAGCAAGUCCGAAGCUUCUUGAAGCACAAUCCAUGAACCACCUGCUGACGAACAGGCACCUUUACCUUCGAAAUCCCCUGAUCAUGGCGCUCAAUGUCUAUCGGUCACAGCUUUUGACAGCUGUCCAUGAGUGGUUCAAGAAACACCAGUUCAUUGACGUCAGUGCCCCCCUACUUACGAGAUCGAUCCUGUACGAGCCAAAGUCUGCUAUUCAAAUUACCGGCUCCAAGAACGAUAAGCCCGUUUUCCUGUCUCAAUGCGCCGGCUUCUACCUCGAGGCCGCUGCCCAUGCCCAUGAGCGCGUAUACAAUCUCGGCCCAAGCUUUCGAAGCGAGAGUCGAACCAACCGUCAUCUCAUGGAGUACUGGCAUAUCAAGGCUGAGCUCUGCUCGGGCUCUAUGGACGACAUCAUCCAGCUUGUCGAGAUCUUCCUGCACGACAUAUUCCAUUCCGCCCUGCAAAGCACGCAGGAUGUGACACGGCUUCUCGGCACAGAGUACCCGACUAUCCAAAUCCCAUUCAUGCGUAUAACAUACAGAGAGGCGCUGGCACUGCUGAAGACAAAAGGCCUUGAUCUGGCGUUUGGGGACAACAUUUGCAGGAAAGCGGAGAUCCUCCUUACGAGUCACUUCGGCGGGCCUGUCUGGCUGACGCACAAACCGCGCAGCCUGGAACCCUUUCCUUAUUCCCUCUGCCCCGACGACCCGGAGCUCACAAUGACUGCCGAUCUCAUUUCCUCCGCUGGGUUUGGUGAGAUAUGCGGCGUGGCGGAAAAGUCCUUCACGCGAGAGGACCUUGAGACUCGGUUGGAGGAGAAGGGGAAGUCCGCGGCGCAUGAGAUGUAUGGGUGGGUGCUUCAGAGCAGGGACUUCGGCAUGGCGCCUCAUACGGCGUUCGGCAUGGGGUUUGAGCGAGUGCUAAGGUGGUUCUGUGGUGCUCCUCAUGUCAAAGACAUGAUUCCUUUCCCCCGGGUUUUCGGUCGGGACCCUACACCAUGA